AUGAUUGCUUACUUACCAGUAAAUUUUCCAUCUGUUUAUGCUCUGGAUAAAUGGGGAUCUCGCUAUGGUGUCCUAAUUGGAAUAUUUUUAACAACAGUAGGUCUUUGGUUAAGAUGUCUAAUAAACUAUAAUUUUAUUUGGGCUAUUAUUGGUCAAACAGUUUUGGCGAUUGCUUAACCAUUUACAUUUAAUGCCCCAGCCAAAAUAUCUGCAAACUGGUUCGGUGAAAAAGAAAGGCUCUAUUCUACUUCAGUUGCUGUAAAUGCAAAUACAUUAGGUGUUGCUAUCGGUUAUUUUAUUCCUGCUUUAUUUGUAAAAGACCAAGACGAAUUCCAUUAAGAAGAUGCAAAAAAUCACACUUGGCAGUUAAUGAUGUGUGUUGCUGCUGCAUCAACUGCCAUUUUAAUACCAGUUGCGUUAUCUUUUAAGGAUAAACCACCUUCUCCCCCAUCUUAUUCAUAAGUAUCUGAUAUGCUAAAAGUAAAUUAAUCAUUAAAAAAAGAUUUGGCUUCACUGAUAAAAAACAAAGGAUUUAUGCUAGCUUGUUUUGCAAAUGGAGGUGUUAUGGCUUUUUCAUACUCAUUCACCACUUUAUUUGCUUAGAUGAUCUCUAUAUACGGAUUUACUGCAUCUUAAAGUUCGUGGAUUGGAACAACAUACCUUUUGGCAGGAAUGGUAGGUGGUAUUUUAGCAUCAGUUUUUUUGACUUACAAGCCAAAUUAUAGGUUUUGCUCAAUUUUUAUGACAUUAAUGACACUAGGAACUUGUAUAAGUACGUAUUUUGCAAUUAUAAGCCUCAGCUAUGAGUUUUUGAUGGUUACAUGCGCAUUUAAUGGCUUUUUUUGUCUUGGAAUUUUUACGGUAGCAUAUGAAUUAGCAGUUGAGAUGUCAUUCCCUAUUGGAGAGGCAACAUCUGGAGGUCUCAUAAAUUCCAUAUCUAGUAUUUUUGGAAUUUCCCAAAUCAUGGCAAUAACUCCAAUUUUAGAAAGAGCUGAAAAAUAAGAUGUUAUGAUAACUACAUUAAUAUUCUCAGGAAUGCUACUACUAUCUUUACUGUUGUUUAUUUUCACAAAAUUUGAUCUUGCAAGAAUAAAAUUUGAGUAGUAGGAUAAGUUUAACAAUACUGGACUCGAAAUGAUGAGUAUGCAUAGAUUUAAUCAGAGUAUAGACUUAAAGAAUGAAAAUUUUUCCUCUAUAGCCCCAAUGGUGGUCGAGGAGGUCUGA